UCAUUUUUUGUUUUUUAUUACUAUUAUUACUUUUUUUUUUUGAUUAAUUGAAGCACUGAAGGAAACAAAAAUGGCGAUCUCACUGCUUCCCGCCGUUUUACUAUUAAUAAUUUCCAAAUCAAUAACUGCGUUUCAUCAAUCUGACAGCCGCCAUUUGAUUGAGCAAGUUCGAGAAGCUGAGCUCAAGCUAUUUCGCUUAGAAUCUAUCCUUGCUGAAAGCAUUUCAAUAGUGGAUUCUAAAAAUGUUUAUAUCAAAGGAACCGAGAACAAGGUUGACGAGAUGACAAGUGAAGUCGAUCAUCUGCAAUCUGUUUUGCUAACUAUCAAGAAUAAUUCAUCAAGUCCAAAUGAAAGGUUGAAUCGACUGCAAGAAGAGGUUCGACUUCUUUGGGCUACUGCAAGAAAAAACAAUUUCGAGCUUCACACCUUGGAAUUGAAAGCACAGGAUGCUGAGAAUGGGCUGGAAAUAACCAAGUCAAAGGUUGAAACGAUGAAUGCAAUUGUGAUUGAACAGUGGAUUCAAAUUCAACAUCUUGAACAGGCUCUUGUAAUUACAGAAAGGGGAGUACAAGAAGUCAAAAGGCAAGUUAGCAGGCACUCAUUUUUAAAGUUUUUAAAAAGACAAUGUGAAGUUCUGCUUGCCGACUGGUGGGAUAUGCUGGAAAGAACUUGGUCUGUAGUAAAACGGAAUCAUCAUCAGCUGCAACAGUUUGUUCAGCACGAAAUGCAAAAAUGGAAAUACAGUGCUGUGUUUGCAAAUAAAGAAGUGGUCUUUUUUGUGGCAUCUGCUCUUAUUACCUUCCCAGCUUUGAGCCUGGGGUUGCUCCUCCUGAACAGUUUUUGCUAGUGAAGGUGAAGUUUUUUCACUGUGAAGGUUGCUUGGAAGUUGGAACCAUCACCACCAACACUCAUUGCUGAUCACCACCAUGGACUAUUUCCUAUGUAUCUUCAAGAUUGAAGCAUAAAAUUGUUUACUGUAGAGUAAAUCCUACAUAUGCAGGCGAUUGUUUACUAUAAAGCCGGUCUGAUCAAAUGGAAAAUUACAAAGAAAGCGUUUACCACAAACUACAAGUGUGAUAAGAUGGACAAUUAUUACAAAGAAAUAUGACUCCCACUUCAUAUUAUUUGACAUUUAUAUUUAUACUCCAUUACAAAUCGUGAUAAAUGUUUUAAACUCUUAAUUCCAAGUUAUGUGAAACAUGGCCUCCUUAUUCUGGAA